AUGUCCAGGCUCGAAAAUCGAGUCGAAGAGCUCGGGAUCGAAAUCGAAGAAAUCAGAAAAUCCGAGGUCCGGUCGAAAAUCAGAAGAUCGAAAUCGAAGUCGAAAGUCGGUCGGCAUCGAAGCGAUCGGAAAUCGGAAGUCAGAAAAUCGAAAGAUCGGGUCAUCGAAGGUCAGAAAUCCGAAGGUCGAAAAAUCGGCGUCAGGAUCCGGAAAAUCAGAAGUCGAAAUCAGUCAGAAAAUCGAAGAUCAGAAAAUCGAAGGUCGAAAAUCGAAGGUCGAAAGCUCGAAGUCAUCGGCAUCGAAAUUCAAUCAGGGGUCUCGUCAGGCUCGAAAUCAAAGGUCGGGGUCAAGGAAUCAGAGGUCGGCGUCGAAGUCGAAAUCGAGGGUCGGAAAGUCGAAGGUCGAAAUCAGGCGUCGGAAAGAUCGAAGGUCGAAAGAAGCUCGGAAAUCGAAAGGUCAGGAAAUCGGAAAUCAGGAUCGAAAAUCGAAGAAAUCGGCAGUCGAAGUCGAAAAUCGAAGGUCCGGAAAAUCGAAGUCCGGAAGUCGAAGAAGGUCGAAAUCAAAGGAUCGAAAUCAUCGUCAGGUCGAAAUCGGGGAAUGAAGUCGAGAAACGAAAGGAUCAAGGUCGAGCAAAGGUCCGGAAAGUCGAGCGUCCGGUCGAAGAGUCGGAAAUCAGGUCGAAAUCCGAGGGUCGGAAAUCAUCGUCAAAGACGAAAUCAGGUCCGAAGAUCAUCUUUCGAAAGUCGAAGUCCAGAGAAAUCAGAGAGGUCAGAAGGAUCAGAGAUCGAAAUCGGAUCAGAGAAAGUCGAAAGUCGAAAAUCAGAAAUCGAAGAUCGAAAUCGAAAGGUCGUCGAAGUCGAGUCCGGAAAGUCGGAAAGUCGAAGGUCGAAAUCGGAUCAAAUCGGAAACAGAAAUCAAAGGUCCGGAAGUCGAGAAAAUCGAAGUCCGGAAUCGGAGGUCGGCGUCGGUCGGCGUCGAAACCGAAAAAUCCGAGGUCAUCAGAACUCGAAAUCGAAAGAUCCGGAAAAUCGAAGGUCAGAAAGUCGAAGGAUCGGAAAAGAGGUCGGCAUCCGGAGGUCGAAAUCAAAGGUCGGAAGUCGGAAUCAGGCUCGAGAAAGUCGAGGUCGAAAUCGAAAGGGUCGAAAUCGAGGGUCAGGCGGAAAAUCAGAGUCCAGGAUUGGAAGUCGAAAGGUGGGAGUUGGGAAUGGGGCUGGGAAGUGGGGGUUGGGAGUUGGGAAGUGGGAGUUGGGAAGUGGGAGUUGGGAAGUGGGAGUUGGAAAGUUGGAGUUGGAAAGUGGAAGUUGGGAAGUGGGAGUUGGGAAUGGGAGCUGGGAAGUGGGGGUUGGGAGUUGGGAAGUGGGAGUUGGAAAGUGGGAGUUGGAAAGUGGGAGUUGGGAAGUGGAAGUUGGGAAGUGGGAGUUGGGAAGUGGGGGUUGGGAAGUGGGAGCUGGGAAGUGGUAG